AUGGCGGUGAAGGUUUCUUGGUACAGCGCGGCGGCGGCGGCGGCGGUGGCGAUGGUGCUGCUUCUGAGCUGCUUUGCAGGCGGAUGGGUUACAACGACCGAGAGUGCGGCGGCCAACGGCGGCAGAGUUGUGGUGCCGCCGUUUGAGAGGCGGUGCGAGGAGAUUUACGUUGUGCGUGAGGGGGAGACGUUGCAGACAAUAAGCGAGAAGUGCGGAGACCCUUUCAUUGUGGAAGAGAAUCCUCACAUUCAAGAUCCUGAUGAUGUUUUCCCUGGCUUAGUUAUCAAGAUUACUCCUUUCAUUUAUACCUAG